AUGCUGGCGAUUACUGUUCUGAUGUUUCUGUUGGGAGGGAUCGAGUUGGGGGAGGCACUGGAGUGCACACAGUGUAUGUAUAUUACCGCUACAGGUGGUGGUGGUGCGGAUGUACAGAGCCUUAUCCAAAACAUGUAUGCAAGUACGAUGGACGCUGAGUGCGCCAAGAACCCCACCUCUGUCACAAAGACAAUUAGCUGCGACGGUUCCUGUGAGUUUGCGGAAGUCAACACAACGACCAAGAUAGAGCAAUACUCCUACUCCAUGAGCAUUGGUGUUGUGAUUCGAAGUUGCAAUCCCUCAAAGAGCGUGAAUGAAGGAUGCAAAACUAUAAGUUCGAACGACGCUCAGAAUCUUCAGGCUGUUCUGGGAGGCGGUCUGACCAUGGGGCAGGAGGUCUCUGGGAAGAUGUGUUUUUGCAAUAGCGACAGCUGUACACAGGAUGUUUCGUCUCUACCUGCACUUCCCAAAGCCCCGACUACCCAGUGUCACGUGUGCACUUACGAGAAAUACGAAACAUCCGACAGCCAGUUGCAGAAGUCCCUCGAUCAAAUCACCCCAGCAACCAGUGAACCCAAGUGUCUGGACAAAGGAUCGGAGACUCCCACAAUGUCCUGCGAAGGUUCUUGUUCAAAUACCGGAACAACUGUCAAUAUGAGUGUGGUAAGUAUAGUCAUCCCUAGAACAUAG